UUAGAAAAAUGGAGACGGGUGGAGGUGGAGGGGGCUUAUUAGGGAAUAACAAACAGAGACCUGGUCUAUUGCCGAAAGGAAGAGAAUAUAAUCGUAACCAGCGAAAAGACUCCGAGGGCUUUUCAGAGUCACCAGACUUGGAAUUUGAAUAUGCUGAUGCAGAAAAAUGGUCAACUGCCAGGCAGAAAAUGGUUAGAGCUGGAUAUAGAACAGCACAGAGCCCAUGUUAUGAGGCUGCUGGAUGCUUUGGACUCUACUUCCAGAGAGAAAAGGUUGAAAGUGGCUAGAGCAAUCUUGUAUUUAGCACAGGGUACUUUUGCAGAGUGCACUUCAGACAGUGAUGUACAAUAUUGGAUGCGCUACAACAUAUUCCUGUUACUUGAGGUUGGCACGUUCGGUGCCCUGGUGGAGCUCCUUAGCAUGGAAAUUGAUAACAGUGCAGCCUGUAGUAGUGCUGUUCGGAAACCAGCGAUCUCCUUAGCUGACAGUACAGACAUAAGAAAACUAAGAAAAUUAGAACGUGAUCUCAUCGAAUACAGGGAUGGCCUUGCCUACCCUAGCCCCAAUGGUUACAAUCAAACUUCUUCCACAGACAACACCACAAACACAGAUAGGGCUAGUGACACAUAUGACAGACAAGAGGAACCCCUUAGAAGAAGUGAAAGGCUAGCAGAGAAGAACAGAAGGGCUUCGCCGAUGUACAAUGGUGAACCAUUUUCUGUGCUGCUUUUUGGGAUGGUCACCAAGUUCUGUAGCGGUCAUGCUCCUCACUUUCCCAUGAAGAAGGUCCUCCUGCUCCUCUGGAAAACUGUGUUGUGCACUCUUGGAGGAUUUGAGGACCUACAGGAGAUGAAGAAGCAUAAAAGAGAAUCCUUAAAUCUUCCGCCUCUUCCAGAAGACAGCAUUAAGGUGAUACGGAGUAUGCGGGCUGCUUCACCACCAGCAUCUGCCUCAGACCUCAUUGAGCAACAGCAGAAACGAGCCCGUCGGGAACACAAGGCGCUGGUAAAACAGGACCAUUUAGAUGCUUUUAAUGAGAAGGAUCCAUAUAAAGCAGAUGAUGGUCGUGAUGAUGAAGAUGACAGUGAUGACAAUGACAACAGCUUGGAGGGUGAUACUUUCCCUUUAGAACGAGAUGAGGUGAUGCCCCCAAUCAUGGCUCAUGCAACAUGUGAGCGAGUGUCUGUCCCCAAGGGCCUACCGUGGGCUCCUAAAGUUAGGGAAAAGGAUAUCGAAAACUUCCUUGAAACAAGUAGAAGCAAAUUCAUCGGCUAUACUCUGGGAAGUGAUACUGAUACAGUGGUUGGCUUACCAAGACCCAUUCAUGAAAGCAUCAAAACACUCAAACAGCAUAAAUAUAUAUCCGUAUCGGAAAUCCAGAUUAAGAAGGAAGAGGAGUAUCAGAAAUCACCACUCUCUGCGGGAGAAGAAGAAGUAGAACAGGUCCCUGCUGAAAUCCUUUACCAGGCAAUGCUGCCUUGUUUACCUCAGUACAUGAUUGCAUUACUAAAGAUACUUCUGGCUGCUGCUCCAACAUCAAAAGCAAAGACAGACUCUAUCAACAUUCUGGCUGAUGUUCUUCCUGAAGAAAUGCCUACAACGGUUCUGCAGAGUAUGAAACUUGGAGUAGAUGUGAACAGACACAAGGAGAUAAUUGUCAAAGCGAUUUCUGCCAUUCUUUUGCUCCUGCUGAAGCACUUCAAGCUGAAUCAUGUUUACCAGUUUGAGUACACAGCUCAGCAUCUUGUUUUUGCCAACUGUAUCCCACUUAUCCUGAAGUUUUUCAACCAGAAUAUCAUGUCUUACAUCACUGCCAAGAACAGUAUUUCGGUUCUAGAUUUCCCGCACUGUGUGGUCCAUGAACUUCCAGAGCUUACAGCGGAAAGCCUGGAAGCUGGUGACAAUAACCAAUUCUGUUGGAGGAACCUCUUUUCUUGCAUCAAUUUACUGAGAAUACUUAACAAGCUGACCAAGUGGAAACAUUCCAGAACCAUGAUGCUUGUGGUGUUUAAGUCUGCACCAAUACUGAAACGGGCCUUAAAGGUGAAGCAGGCCAUGAUGCAGCUGUACGUUCUUAAGCUUCUGAAGGUGCAGACCAAGUACCUUGGCCGUCAGUGGAGGAAGAGUAACAUGAAGACCAUGUCUGCUAUCUACCAGAAAGUGCGUCAUCGGCUAAAUGAUGACUGGGCGUAUGGAAAUGAUCUUGAUGCUCGUCCUUGGGAUUUUCAAGCAGAAGAAUGUGCAUUGAGGGCCAGCAUUGAACGGUUCAACAGUAGACGAUAUGAUAAGACACCAGUGAACCCUGAUUUUAGCCCUGUUGACAACUGCUUACAGAGUGUGCUAGGACAGCGAGUCGACCUCCCUGAAGACUUCCAGAUGAACUAUGAUCUUUGGCUAGAACGAGAGGUAUUCUCAAAGCCAAUAUGUUGGGAGGAACUUCUUCAGUAAAGCUCCAUGCACACUAAAGGACCUUGAGCAUGGUCUCACUACUCUUAACUUACUAAACUGAGCCAUAACUCCUCAGGUAUGGCACACUUGUCUUUUAAUGCACCCAGACAAUCACAGAGAGGAUGGCAAGAAUGCUGUAAGGCCUGUUGAUGACAAAGUUAAUUCCUGCGUGUCACAUCAUUUCACUUCCUUAUAAAUGGAGCUUACGUCUGUACAUUUUUUUUUUUUGAGAUUAUUGAGUACCUCUAAAUUUGCUGUGUAGAAUCGUGAAUUAUCAGAGUGUAAAGGUGUGCUUUGUUUCUCAUGCCUGAAAUUAUUAAUACCAGUACUGCCCAUCAGGUGGGGCUGCACUCCCAUUGGCUUCAUUUUUUUUUUUUUUUUACGGAUGUGGCAUUCCAAAACUAUUUUCUCCUAAUUGAGGAGCACAGGUAUUGCUAGUCUACAGAACUGUACGAAGUCAAACUCUCCACAUAACUGUCUUCCUUGCAUCCCACUCUGUUCCCUCCACAAAUGUCUGCCUUUGUCUUCUUUCUCUCUUAUAUUUCAGUUUCUUCUCCUCCCUGUCCUGUAUGUACAUUGAUAAUUUCUCUCUCCGCACAUGAGUUGAAUUUUCAUAUGAACCAACUUUAUUGUCCUAUAUCUCACUUGUAAGGGUGCUACAUAAAUGAGGCUGUCACAUAUUUAGUGUAUAGAGGAAGAAAAAUACAGCCACAAUGCACUCAGUCUGGCCAUACAUGCAUAUGCAUAAACAUUUAGAGUUUGGGGAAUAAAAGAUUUAACUAAUUGACAUUGGUAGCUAAAGGCAAACGACAUAUGCACAAAGGCACACUAGACGUAGAUGCAGAGGGCUUUCUGUGUACCUGUGUUUAUAAACGGGCCUUUUAGAGUGCUCACAGGCAAGUCAUGGAAGUAUUUUAAAAGUAACCUGAAUAUAAAAUAUAUUGAGUUCUAUAUUUAUUAAUCUGUCUGUGUUGACGCUCAUGUAUGAGUAGGCUUCCUUUAUACUAGAACUGCAGCCAUCAUUUUCUCAGAUGAGUGUAUAAGUUGUGCGUAUAAACCGUUGAUGUGCUGCCUCCAUUGAAGUAAAUAGAGGAAGCCUCCAUCAACCUAGAUAACUUUGGAUCAGUUAGUGAACAGGGUGUUGCAGUAUAUAUCCAGAAAAGGGCGAGUUAAUGCCAGCUUGCUCAUCUUAGGAAAAUGGCUGGUACACAUUAUUGUACAGGAUUGAUACCUGUGGACCAAAACACUGGUGUACAUUUUGUUCAGGAAAGCAGGAAAUAAAGGCAUAAGCCUACCACAAAGAGUUUUAUGAUGCAGCAGAGAGUGGGUGUUGGCACAUGCUUGCAUGGCAGUCUGGGUAUAAGAGAGACUGCAUUGUCUACUGGCACUGGAGAUGGGAGGUUGGAGGUUUUAUGAGAAAAACAAAAUCCAAUUUCCUGUGAGAUUAUUACCUUUGAUCAGUGACUGUCACUGUGUCUGGCGUCCCUAAACUGCAGAAAAUGAAAUAACAAGUGAUUCAGUAGGUGAUGUGCAGUGGUUAUACAUUGGUCAAAGAGUUUACAAAAAAUAACCUACUGGCAUUAUUUAUUAAUCAUUAUAAGCUAAUUAGAGGGUGUCAUGUCUCUUGGCUUAUUUUAGUGGAGUUUUUGAAGUUGAUGCUGGUAGCCGUUUUUGAGAUGUUUUUUCUGCAGAUCAGAAGCUGUUUUAGUAAUGAUUUGUAUCCAAGAAUUACAGCAGGCAGUUGAAAGGAAAGUUGAAUUGUUUAGGACCUUAACACUGACUCUGCUAUUUUUCUUUUGCAUAUUACAUGCAAUUUCCCCGUAAGCAGCUUUCUCUUUCAUUAAAAAUAUGGAAUUGAUGAAUUUGA